UGUAUUUAAUUAAUUAAAUUAGAUUUAACAAUGACACUAGGUCGUAUUAGAUAUUUUUGGUCCAAACCCGAACUUAUUUAUCUUGAUAAAUAUGCCUAUACUUGUGUCCUAUUAAUGACACAUUUAAUAUAUUCUACAGCAUCGACAACAUUUGGGCCGACAUUUGUUGACCUGACCUACACAUUGGACGCACCGAUGAAAAUUAUAUCACUUUUUCCAACAGUAGUAUCAGUGGGAAACAUUUUGGGAACUUUGUUUGGUUUGGUAUUUAAAUACGUGAACAGACAGUUAACAUUGAUAUGUUUGCUCCUAUUGAUGGCCAUCUCGAGCACAAUAAUACCAUUUACCCGACAGGUGUGGCAAUUGUUUAUAUGUGCCUUCUUUUUUGGUAUUGGUUCGGGCGCCUGGAUUACGGCCUACAAUGUAUGGCUCAUUGAAAUGUGGCAAGACAACUCGGGAAAGAUACUGUUCCUCUCGCAGGUCAUGUACGGUAUUGGAUCAGUAUUGGGACCACUUAUUGACAGUUCAUACGUUACGGGUGAUCAAAAUAGGACGGACACAACACUAGCCAUAAUAAGCGAAGAGGAUCGCCGUCAAAAACUAGCCAUACCUUACAUGAUUAGUGGUGGCAUACAAAUCAUAUUUCCCACUAUAAUGUUGAUAAUGUUUUUUACCCGAAAAUACGAAAAUAAAGUAAAAAAUUUGGAGCCGACCCGCGAUCAGGGCUCACGAACCAAACUAUUCAACCGGUGUUUAUUUAAACGUCGGCUCCUAUAUAUUGCAUUGAUAGCCGUUUGUCUAUCGGCCAUAAACUCAUUGGAUUUGAUAUAUUUUAAUUUUCUAGCACCGUAUCUAACCUACAUACCAGCUCAUUUAUCCGCAUCGCGAGCCGCCGAACUGUCCUCAGCACUGGGAACCGCAUACACAGUGGGACAGGCAGUAAACUUUUUUGUUGCAAUGUUUAUAAGUGAAAAAAUCAUGAUUUUCUAUCACUUACUUAUAACAAUUUUAUCGAUUGUGGGCUUAUUUUUUGUACAAAACUCGGAACUCGGUAUAUGGGUGCUCACAAUAACAGUGGGUUUUGGGUUUUCACUACUAUAUCCGGGUAUAUUGUCAUUUACCGGCAGAUAUAUCGAGAUAACCAAUCGGAUAGGAACUGUAUUCUGGUUUUCAUGCGGUGCCGUCCAGUUUAUACCACCAAUAAUAUUGGGACAAUUCAUUGAGGAUAAACCCGAUGCCUUUAUUAUCAUACAAAUUAUACAGUUAUUGAUAGGACUGAUAGCUUUUAUAAUUAUAUUUAAUAGUUUUUGCAAAAUGCUUCUAUAA